AUGGAGAGGCAGGGGAUGAAUGGAGGGGAGCAUGUGAACCCCGCUUACGAUGCUACCCUCGAUGAACCUCCAGGCUAUGAUUCAUAUGGGGACCACCGUCAAGUUCGCCCCUCAGUGGUCAGCGCCUUCGGUCAUGACACCCUCGACCGGGUGCCAAAUAUUGACUUCUAUCGCAAUGCAGGGAGCGUCAGUGGCCACCGGGCUGUGAGACCAUCCCUCCAGGAGCUUCAUGACGUCUUCCAGAGGAAGAAAAAUGGAGCCAUCUCAGUGCCAGAUACGGUGGAGGACGACGACGAGGGGAGUGACAAGUCCCCCUCGGAGGACGUGGAGUCUGCUGCUGCUUUUGAGGCGGAGAAAGGGGCAGUAAAGUUUGGCUGGAUAAGAGGAGUCCUGAUAAGAUGUAUGCUGAACAUUUGGGGUGUGAUGCUCUUCAUCCGUCUGUCAUGGGUGUUUGGACAAGCAGGGUGGGGUCUGGGAAUCGUGGUUAUCGCUCUGAGCUGCGUUGUGACCACGAUAACUGGUCUGUCCAUGUCAGCCAUCUGCACCAACGGCGUCGUCAGGGGAGGGGGCGCCUACUACUUGAUAUCCCGAAGCUUGGGUCCAGAGUUCGGUGGGUCCAUUGGCUUAAUCUUCGCCUUCGCCAAUGCGGUGGCUGUCGCCAUGUAUGUGGUGGGGUUCGCAGAAACGGUGGUGGAGCUGCUGGUGGAUCACGACGCACUAAUGGUGGAUCCUGUAAAUGACAUCCGAAUCAUAGGAUGCAUCACAGUUGUGCUGUUGCUGGGGAUCUCCGUGGCUGGGAUGGAGUGGGAGGCCAAGGCCCAGAUUGUUCUGCUCAUCAUCUUGCUGGUCGCCAUUGUCAACGUGUUUGUGGGAACAUUCAUUCCUGCGACGGAGAGCAAAAAGUCUCAGGGAUUCUUCAAUUACCGGGAAAAUAUAUUUUUAGAGAAUUUUGCACCAGAUUUUCGAGAUGGCGAGUCGUUCUUCUCCGUCUUCUCCAUCUUCUUCCCUGCUGCCACUGGAAUCCUGGCUGGAGCGAACAUCUCUGGAGACUUGAGGGAUGCCCAGGCUGCGAUACCCAAAGGAACCUUACUGGCCAUUCUCAUCACGGGUGUGACCUACCUGGCCGUGGCCCUCUGUGUCUCUGCCUCUGUGGUACGUGAUGCUACCGGUAAUAGGAAUGACACCAUAGACAUCAUGCCAUCCACCUGUGAGGGAAGCGCAGUAGCUGCCUGCGAACUCGGAUACAAUUUCACUUCGUGCUCUCUGGAAGGCGCAGACUGUAAAUUCGGCCUGAUGAAUAACUUCCAGGUGAUGACCAUGGUCUCGGGAUUUGGUCCCCUCAUCAUUGCCGGAACGUUCUCAGCCACGCUCUCCUCCGCUCUGGCGUCACUUGUCAGCGCUCCCAAAGUCUUCCAGGCGCUGUGCAAGGACAACAUCUACACGGCGCUGCACUUCUUCGCCAAGGGACACGGCAAGAACAACGAGCCCAUUCGUGGUUACAUCCUGACCUUCAUCAUCUCUGUGGCCUUCAUUCUCAUUGGAGAUCUCAACGCCAUUGCACCAAUCAUUUCCAACUUCUUCCUGGCAUCUUAUGCCCUCAUCAACUUCUCAUGCUUCCACGCCUCCUGGGCCAAGUCACCAGGUUGGAGGCCCGCGUACAAAUUCUACAACAUGUGGCUGUCUCUGCUGGGCGCGCUGCUCUGCUGUGUGGUCAUGUUUGUCAUCAACUGGUGGGCCGCACUUCUCACGUACGGCAUCGAGAUCCUCCUUUACGUCUACGUCACGGUGAAGAAGCCAGAUGUCAACUGGGGCUCGUCCACUCAGGCGGUGACCUUCAUCAGCGCGGUCAGUAAUGCUCUGUCCCUGACUGGAGUCGAAGACCACGUCAAGAACUUCAGGCCUCAGAUUCUUGUGUUGAAUGGUUCAGCCCGGACCAGACCCGCUUUGCUUGACCUUGCCAAUGCCUUUACCAAGAACUUUGGACUCUGUAUCACCUCUGAAGUGUUUGUGGGACAGAAACUGGAAGCGCUCCAGCUGAAGAACAUCAGCAUGGAGAAGAAUCAGGAGUGGUUAAGGAAGACCAACCGGAAGGCCUUCUACACCGCGGUGGCCUGUGAGAACUACAGAGAAGGAGCCAACUAUCUGCUGCAGGUCACUGGUCUGGGACGCAUGAAGCCAAACACACUCAUGGUCGGAUUCAUGAGGAGGUGGAGGAAGAUGAGCUCGCAGGAAGUGCAGAACUAUGUGGGGGUCCUGCAUGACGCCUUUGACAUGGAGUUUGGAACCGUGAUGCUACGGAUAAAUCAGGGUCUGGACGUGUCUCAUUUGGUGGAGGCAGACGACGAAACGAUGAAGGCCGCAAAGGAGCAAAUGAUGUCGGACGACGACAUUAAUAUCGGCGGGGGAAAAUCAAAGGGGCUGUUCAGGAGGUCCCGAAAUUCUUCUCAGCAGAUCCUGGCCACCAGAGUGUCAGUGUGCGGACCGCCGCCCACCAACGUGGUCAUGAAGAACGAGAAGCUGAAGGAGGCCAGUGCUCAGUUCAAGAUGAAGCAGCAGAAGGGCACCAUUGAUGUGUGGUGGAUGUUUGACGAUGGAGGUCUGACGCUGCUGCUGCCCUACAUCCUCACCACCAGGAAGAAGUGGAAGGACUGCAAGUUAAGGGUUUUUGUGCCCGGCCAGCCUGGACGCACCGAGCAGGAUAAAGAGGAGAUGAGGAUGCUCUUGAAGAAGUUCAGAAUCGAGUGCAAAGACAUCACGGUCAUCGACGACCUCAACGUCAAACCCAGCAAUCAGAGCCUGAAGAUCUUGGAGGAUAUGAUCGAGCCUUUCCGCCUGCAUGAGCGUGCGAAGAGGGCUGCUGAGGUGGAAGUCAUGCGGCGACAGCAGCCUUGGAAGAUCACGGAUGAAGAGCUGGAUGCCUUUGAGGAAAAGACCCACCUGCAGGUGCGCUUGAAUGAGCUCCUUCGGCAACACUCUCAGUCCGCCAACUUGAUCAUUGUGAGCAUGCCCAUAGCUCGGAAGGAAACCAUCUCUGACUAUCUCUACAUGGCCUGGCUGGACGUUCUGACCAAAGAUCUUCCUCCCACUGUGCUGAUCAGAGGGAAUCACAAGAGUGUGCUGACAUUCUACUCCUGAGCACCGUCAGCGUGACACCACACGUGGAAAACCAAGCACCUGGAAGUGUCUGAAGUCAACAUGGCCUCAUUUUGAGCAGCAAUGCUGCGUGGAAAUACGCAUUUUCAUUCAUUCAAGGGAAACAAAGUAUUUCAGCAGCUCCAGAGAGGAGGUUAGAAAGGGGACACAUGAUAUAUUGCCUGAAGAGAUUGUGACAAUGCUAGCUUUGUUAAACUUGCAGUUAAAGUUUGCUCUCGUCUCAGCACGCUCAGCCACGUGAAACAGAGGCCUUAUUCUAUGAUCAAAGCUGAGGGGAAGCAUGGAAAAAUAAAAUGCAGAAUAAAUGAAGAGGAAAAAUAAGAAGCGAAGGACUUGAAUGGUUUCAGCAGGUGAUGUCUGCUAUUGUCUGUAAAUGAAUGGUGUGAUUACUAUUCAUUAUCAAGUGUUAGCAACAAUGUAGGUUUAGCUCUGAAUAACUUUGACUGCGCCUUUAUUUAGCACCAUAUACUAUUUCUUGUCUUAUUUAAGGUUGUUUCUCAUGUUGCUUGAGGGAAACUGGAAUUAAUAGACUGUAAAUAAACUGGGGUUUGGAUUGUCUGUUGUUUUUAAUCUCAGUACUUUUACAGUAUGAGACCCAACACUCAAUGAUGUUUCAGAAGCAAAUAUUUUGAAACAGGCCUUGGUGGAGAUGGCCUUGUGUUUUAUCUCCUCAUGUAAAUAGGUGUGAUUUUCUGGAAUAAAAAGCUAAAUAAAAUGUU